GUGGCAAAGCUGGAGUCCUGCAAGGAGUGUCGUCAGCUGACUGCUGCCGUGGUAGCUGGCCCCGUGGCUGGAAAGAAGGCGGCAAAGCACCGAAAAGCCUUGGAGGUACACAAAAGGCAGCAUCAGGAUGUUGACGCAGUCUCUUUGGAAGCCUUGGACGCGGAGGUGCGAAGGCUCUGCGCGGGUGCUGCAACAGCAGACCCGACGCCGAUGGAAGUACAGACCGUCGCAAGACCUGUGCCAGAGGUCGUUCCAGCAGCAAAGAAGGGCGACUCAAAAAAGAAGAAGCGGAAGCGCGGCUGA